AUGUGCUCACCUUUGAUGCUAAGGGUCGGGCAGUCGACUUUGAGGUCUAGUACUGUUUGCUCACAGUGGGCCACACGCGAUGCUGCUGCCCGUCUUGCUGUGCGUAAUCACCUGUCGUCCACUGAGCGCACGCACUUUAGUCAGUACAAGAGUGCUAAGACCUUGUACGACGCUGUAGUUGCACGCUACUCUUCCCCUGCCACUGCUGCCCUUAGUCGCCUCAUGCUGCCGUACCUGUUCCCUGACCUUGCCGCCUUCCCCACAGUCGCUGACCUCAUUACACACCUCCGCACUAAUGACACCCGCUACCGCGCUGCGCUUCCUGCUGAGUUCUGCGACAAGAACCCCCCCCCCAUGUACAUCACCCUCUACUACCUAGUCACCCGGCUCCCCGAAUCCCUUCGCUCGGUCAGGGACCUUUUCCUCUCUGUUUUCCCCACCACACUCAACGUUGACCUCCUCGAGGAGCGCCUCCUUGCAGCUGAGAAUAGUAUAGUCGCUGUAGGAGCCUCUCGUGGUGACCCUCGUGCCCCCUUCUUUGAGGGGUGCUCCCCCUCCCCCCUUUUGCCCUCUGUUGCCUCUGCUGCUGCUGUCGACCUCAUUGGCACCGAGUCGAUUGGCGCUGCGUCUGCCCCUAGCGGGAGACGCCGCAACGGCAAGGGCAUGGGGGGCAAGGGAGCUGGAGGAGCUGGCAAGGGCGGUGGAGGUGGCGGUAGAGGUGGCGGAGGUGGUGGGGGUGGCGGUGGGAGUGGUGGCGGGGGUGGGGGCUUCGGUGGCGGCGGUGGAGGCGGAGGCGGCGGCGGCAGUGGCGGUGGGAGCGGAGGAGGCGGCUGUGGCGGCGGUGGCGGCAGCGGCGGUGGAGCUGGUCGGGGUGGCUCUGUGCAGCGGGGCGGCUUCGGUGGUGGUCAGCGCCAGCAGUAG